AUGCGUUUUAAAUAUAUUUCAGCAACCAUGGACUCGGAAUCCAAGCUGACAGCAGCCUACCAGAUUCCCCAUCCUCCACCUGGAGAUGAAGUCUGCAUCACCGGCCUCUCUGGUUCAUUCCCAGACUCUGACUCUGUAUUUCAUUUAAAGGAAAAUCUAUUCAACAAGGUCGACCUCAUAUCAGAAGAUAGUCGCCGCUGGAAAAAGACUCACCCUGAAAUUCCGCAGCGUAUGGGCAAGAUAAACAAUCUGGAUAAAUUUGACGCCUCCUAUUUUGGCCUUAACUACAAAGAGGCACAAACUAUGGACCCCAUGUUGAGAAUCAUUUUGGAGAGAACAUAUGAAGCAAUCAUCGACGCUGGAUACAAUCCAGAGGAGUUACGGAAUACCAAGACUGGUGUGUUUGUCGGUUGCUCAAUUUCAGAGUCUGAGAAAGAAUGGUUUUAUGAAAAAAUGCAUGUAAACAAUUACGGAAUGACAGGCUGCUCCAAAAGCAUGAUAGCUAACUGCAUUUCUAUCUGGCUUGGGGUUCAAGGGCCAUCUUUUAGCUUGGACACAGCUUGUUCCAGUUCACUUUACGCUUUCGAAAUUGCCUUCAAAGCCAUACGUAGUGGCAAAUGUGACGCGGCUAUUGUUGGAGGAGCAAACCUUUGCCUUCAUCCUUAUGUGUCUUUAGAGUUUUUUAGGAUGGGUAUACUGUCACCUGAUGGAAGAAGCAAGAGUUUUGAUAAUAGUGGAAAUGGUUAUGCCCGCGCUGAAACUAUUGGUGUUUGCUUUUUACAGAAAGCAAAGGAUUCAAGAAAGGUAUAUGCCCAAGUAAUCCACGCGAAGACUAACUGUGACGGGUACAAGCAACAAGGCAUCAGUUACCCUUCUGGAUAUAUGCAGAAGGUUCUUCUCGGAGAUAUAUAUGAAGAGUGCGGCAUUCUACCGACCUCAAUCGAGUAUAUAGAGGCACACGGAACAGGUACCACAGUAGGAGACCGAGAAGAACUUCAAGCCAUAGAGGACAUUAUGUGCACUGGGCGUUCCGAACCUUUACUUAUUGGCUCUGUUAAAUCUAAUUUGGGUCACAGUGAACCGGGUUCUGGUAUUGGCGCUAUCGCGAAGCUCUGCAUCGCAUAUUUGACUGGAUAUAUUCCUCCAAACUUGCACUAUAAAGUUCCUAAAAAAGGGAUAGCCGCAUUGGUGGACGGAAGAUUGAAAGUGGUGACGGAGGCGCAGCCGUGGGGUAGAGGAUUGUCUUGUAUCAACAAUUUUGGUUUCGGAGGAGCUAAUGCUCACGUAAUCUUCAAAAAUUUCGAGAAAACAAAGGUUAACAAUGGAUUACCAUCAGAUGAUCUACCUAGAUUGGUCUGCGUAUCAGGUCGCGUCAAUUCAUCAGUGGCUAGGAUUCUAGAUGACAUGGAGUCCAGAACGGUUGAUAUUGAGCUUAUUAGACUUUUACACGAAAUACACAAAAACAAUAUCAAGGGCCAUUUUUAUAGAGGAUUUACACUUUUAGGUUCCAGACCAACAAAAAGCGUGACUUUAGCUCGAAGUACUCAAUACUUUUCAGGCAUACGCAGACCAAUAUAUUUUGUAUAUUCAGGUUUUGUUCAAGAUUCGCAAUGGGCAAGACUUGCUUCAGAGCUCAUGAGGAAGUUCCCUGUGUUUGCUUCUGCUAUUGAGAGAUGCCACGAAACUUUAAGGCCUACGGGCAUAAAUCUGAAACAGAUCAUAAAUGAACCUGACUCUAAGGCUUACAACAAUGUCCUUAACUCUUCCGUCGGCGCCGCUGUUGUUCAAAUCGGUCUUACAGAUAUCUUAAAGGCUCUUAGAAUUGAUCCAGACUUUUGUUUAGGCGACAGUGUAAGCCAAUUAGCUUGCGCAUAUGGAGAUGGUCGUUUGACAAUUGAGCAGAUGAUCCUGGCGGCUUAUACUUUGGGUUUGAAGGCUAUUGAAAACCCAUUCAUCAAAGGAUAUAUAACAACUCCCACAGUCGACAAUGUUGGAUAUAGUGAGAAUAGAUUAAUAAAAUAUGUUAAACAGGCAAUUCCAGAACUAAAACUUCGUUCAAAGCGUUUGGUUUCUUCUGAUGACCCGAAAUCUUUAUCGAGAUCAUGCUAAAGUCUCAUUAGCUGAUUAUCAUAAAAAUGCCAUACUAAUUCACUCUUAAGUUCAGUGUCCUUCGAAGAUAGUGUUCGUUUGAUUCCAUCCAACGCAAUUGCUAUAGAGAUCGGACCAGAUGGCGUCUUACAGGAUCUCUUAAAUUGUUUGUCCAAAAAGAAUGCUGUCUACGUCCCUUUGACGAAUAGAACACAUCCAGAUAUCGUGCAAGUUCUUUUCACGGCUUUGGGAAAACUGUACGAAACUGGAUUGAAUCCGCAUCUUGCCAACGUCUACCCGGUCGUGGAGUUUCCCGUUUCGCAAGGAACACCUAUGCUUGCUCAUCUCGUCGAAUGGCAGCACAACGAAUAUUGGAAUGUAGUUUCAUAUAAAAUGAUGAAUGAAACAUUAUUGAAUGAAAGGACGGUAAAAAUAUCCAUAGCUGAUGAAGAAAAUACCUAUAUGCUUGGCCACGUUAUAGAUGGUCGCAACCUUUUUCCUGCAACUGGUUACCUGGUGAUGGUUUGGGAAACGCUCGGUAUGAUAAUGGGACAGUUGUACACGGAAUUGUCUGUCGUAUUUAAAGAUGUGCGGUUUCAUAGAUCUACGAAUAUUCCCAAAAAUGGGCAGUUGGAGUUUAUCGUUUCGAUUCAAAAAGGAAGUGGAUGCUUUGAGAUUGUAGAAAGCAAGUCGUCUAUUGUCACUGGACGUAUCAGAGUUAAAGAAAACGUUGGUCAGGAGUUUCGCUUAAUUCCGACCGAACCUGAAUCAACAGGACCAAAUGUUAAAAAUUUGCUUACAAAAGAAUUUUACAAGGAGACGCGCUUAAGAGGUUACCAGUAUAGCGGUUUAUUCCGAGGAGUCCUAGGAUGUAACGUGGAAGGCACUCGUGGUCGUUUAGCCUGGAUCAACGAUUGGGUCACGUUUUUAGACUGCAUGCUGCAAAUGAGGAUUAUAGGAAAUGAUACGCGAGGACUCUAUGUUCCUACCAGGAUUGAAAAGUUAUCCAUCGAUGUGAACAUGCAUAACGAUGCCAUCGCUAAAAUGGACAUAGGAAACUUGAAAUGUUCGUUUGAAGUUAGGGUCUAUCCUUAUGCAGAUGUUAUAAGGGCUGGCGGUGUAGAAAUUCGAGGACUAAAUACAACUCCGAUACAAAAGAAAGUUUCUCUUAUUACUCCAGUGUUAGAGAAAAAUAUAUUUAUACCUAACUUUGGAAAGUCGAAGAUGAAGAUUGAAGACAUUUUAAGAAGCAAUAUUCAGCUUAUUCUUGAAAACAUACAUACUUACAAAGUAAAAAGUAUUGAAAUUAUUGAUGAUGAGUACACGACUAAAGGACUUGAACCAAUAAUGAAUAAAGUGGCAGAUGUACUAAAUGAUCUGCCGCUAAUACAAGCUGACCUAUAUGUUGUAUCUAAGAAUCCUAUAGAAAUGCCACCAUUUAUUAACGUAUUAAAUAGACAGCAGAGUGGAAAAACGAAUGCUGUUUUACUUAUUGGUGCUAAUUUGCUGGAGAGACGUAAAAUAUUAGAAGAAGCUUUAUUAAGUCUUCGUAAUGAAGGCUUUAUUGUAAGCCGAGAAAUAAGACUCAUAAAUGCGAAAGACUUCUCUAAUGAAUAUGACAUUAUUAGUAUACAAAAUACUGGCUCUGAAUACAUAGUACUAUUUCGAAAAAGAAUUGCUCCAAAAUCAACUAACUUUAUUAAAAUAGUUACAAGUGAUGAAACGUACAAAUGGAUUGAAAAAGUCAAAGAAGGACUUACAGCUGGAGAAAAACUUGUCAUAUAUAGUCAAGAUGAUCAAGUAAAUGGAUUAUUGGGUUUGGUCAAUUGCUUGAGAAGGGAACCUGGUGGAGAAAAAAUACGUGGCCUGCUGAUUGCAGAUCCUACUGCACCACCAUUUGAUCCAGAUUUAGAAUUUUAUAAAAAGCAGUUGGAUAUGGAUUUAGCUAUAAAUGUAUAUUAUGAAGGACAUUGGGGGACGUACCGUCACCUUUUACUAAAUGAUCUUGAAACAGUCCGAGCACAUCACGCUUUCGUAAAGACUGCUAAUAUUGGAGACUUGUCCUCGCAACAGUGGUUGGAAGGGCCAAUCAAGAAGAAUAAUUAUUUGACAAAUUCAAAUUAUACCCUUAUUAAUGUGUACUGUGCUGCGCUUAAUUUUCGCGAUGUGAUGAUAGCAUCGGGUCGCAUUGCCGUUGACGCUAUUGCGCUUAACCGUCUCGCGCAGGAGUCUAUCCUGGGAAUGGAAGUCGUCGGCAGGACUAGAAAUGGCACCCGAGUGAUGGCCAUUGUAGCCAAUAAAGGCUUGUCAAACAUAGUAGAAGCAGAACGCAACCUUAUGUUUUUCAUCCCGGACGAGUGGACUUUCGAGGAGGCCGCCACUAUACCUAUGGCUUAUGGGACUGCUUACUACGCUCUGGUAAUGGUAGGAAAGAUUCAAAAAGGAGAAUCGAUCUUAAUCCACGCCGGUUCUGGUGGUGUCGGUCAAGCCGCCAUCAAUAUUGCUUUCCACUAUGGAGCCGAAGUGUUCACCACUGUCGGUACUCAAGAGAAACGAGACUUUAUAAAAAAGCUGUUCCCUCAACUCAAAGACAGUCACAUUGGUAACUCUCGAGAUACAUCUUUCGAAGCCAUGAUAAAAGAGCAAACAAAUGGAAAAGGAGUCAAUUUGGUUCUUAACUCUCUGUCAGAUGAAAAAUUACAGGCCUCACUACGCUGCCUCGGAUACGGUGGUCGUUUUCUUGAGAUCGGUAAAUUCGAUGUCAAUAACAACAGUCUUAUCGACGUGAACUUCUUCCGAAAUGAGAUCUCUUUCCAUGGAAUUAUGUUGGACCUUAACAUGCAUGAUAUCGAAUUUGCAAAGACCCUUGGAUAUCUAAUGGUAUCUGGUAUUGAAACUGGAGCUGUCCGACCGCUUACGUAUUGCACCUUCAAAAAGGAUGAAUUGGAGGAAGCAUUUAGGUACAUGGCUGCUGGCAAACAUAUUGGAAAAAUUGUAUUCAAAAUUCGUGAUGAGGAAUGUGAAGAUAAUAAAGACUUCACUAAAUCAUUGAAUCAGUAUAUUGACGCCGUACCAAGGUAUAACUGCGAUCCAGACCUAGUGUACAUCGUAGCAGGAGGUCUUGGAGGCUUUGGGCUGGAGCUCGCAGAUUGGCUCAUCUUGAGAGAAGCCAGGAAGUUAUUGCUAGUAUCGAGGAAAGGAGUUAGUAAUGGUUAUCAGUCGUUACGUCUGAGAACUUGGAAGAGUUAUGGUGCAGAAGUGCGAAUUUCUACCCACGACAUUACGACAGAAAAGGGCUGCGAAGAAAUGUUGAAAAUGGCGAAUUCCAUGGGAACUGUUGCGGCUAUAUUCAAUUUAGCUGUAGUUUUGGAGGAUCGCAUCUUUCAAAAUCAAACUCCAGAAACGUUCAAAACAUCAUUCGCACCCAAAGCUUUGGUUACUAUGAACUUGGAUAAGCUCUCACAAAAAUUGUGUCCAAAAUUAAAAGAUUUCGUGAUUUUCUCAUCGGUAUCUUGCGGUCGUGGUAAUGCUGGUCAGUCUAACUAUGGCUUCUCCAACUCUGUAAUGGAAAGGAUCUGCGAACGAAGGAGAAAGCUUGGUCUGCCCGCUCUUGCUAUACAGUGGGGUGCCAUUGGAGACGUUGGUCUUGUAGCAGAUAUGCAAUAUAACGAAAUUCAAAUGGAAAUCGGUGGCACUCUUCCACAGAGGAUUUCCUCCUGUCUCCUAACUCUUGAUAAAUUCUUGAGACAGGAUAAUUUAAUAGUAUCCUCAAUGGUUGUGGCUCAGAAAAAAUCCAGUGUCGAAGGUGGUACAUUAGCAGAAAUUGUUGGUCAGGUCUUAGGUAUUAAGGAUAUAAGGACAGUGUCAAAGCAAGUAUCGCUAGCGGAUUUCGGUAUGGAUAGCAUAACUGGUAUCGAGAUCAAGCAAAUUCUUGAAAGAGAGUACGAGAUAUUUUUAACAGCAGAUGCUAUUCGAUCAUUGACAUUUGCUAAGUUAAUGGAAUUAACGACUCAAAGUGAAACAGACGAUUCAAAAACAAAACCAGUUAGUCUAGCAACUCCUGAAGACUCCGCUGCUUUACGUGUCCUUAUAAGGAAUUUUGGUGACGAAAAGUUGGUCGAAGAACCUUUUAUAUACCUGCCAACUAUGACUAACAAUGGCAGUGAUGGUUUAUCCAAUCAAGAAAAUGAAAUGAUCAUGUUCGUAUUGCCCGGUAUGGAGGGUUGUGCUUCGGGAAUGGCGAACCUAUGUCUGCAACUAAAGAUUAAAGUUUGCGUACUCCAAUACUGCUACGACGAAAAAGACGACACCUUGGAUAAGCUGGUCGAAAAUUUGUUUCAGACGAUUAAAGAAAGAUUAAGCGCAAGCCAUCCUUACAUUCUUCUUGGAUAUAGCUUUGGUACUCUACUUGUGCUAAAAUUAGCUCAAAUUUUGGAAAGUGAAGGUCAUAGUGGCAGAGUCUUUUGUAUAGAUGGCAGUCCGGAUUUUCUCAGAGUGUUAACCACUUCUAAUCCCUCUUACAAAAAUGAUACAGAAUUGCAAAAUCGCCUGAUUUGCUAUACUAUUGACUUAGUGGCUCCAAGAAAUAAAGUCACGAAUACGCUUAUGGAUGAACUUAAAGACAUACAAUCAUACGAUGAGAGAAUCAAAUACGGUAUAAAAGCAUGUCCAGCUCAGAAAAUAUACUCGGAUAAAUUUGUAGAAUCGGUCGCUAAAGCAUUUUAUAAUCGUGCAAAAAUAGUUCGAAGUCGAAAUGAAAUAAAGAAGAUAAAAGCGCCCAUAGUUCUCAUACGUCCGAAAGAAAAUCCAUUUAAAGCACUUAAUGAUAAUUAUGGUCUGGAUGAAUUCACUGACAGCUACGUAACGGUUCAUCUUCUUGAAGAGAAUCAUAUUACAAUAAUUGACAGUAAGGAAUGUGCUAAUAUUAUAAAUAGUAAUUUAUCUGCACUAGUUGGAGAGAAGGUUGUUUAAAAUGGUGAUAGCAAAUAGAGUUAAGGG